AUUAUUAUUAUUUAGUUUGAUUACUAAUUGAACUAGUACAUCUAAUUAUGAAAAUAAUAGCAUUAUCAGCCGUAUUGUUUAUUGUUGGUUGUUCUGGUUUGUCAACCGGUAUUAGUAAACGGGAGUUUGACAAUCAAUGGGAACAGUUCAAGCAACAAUACCGAUCGGACAUCAAUGGCUACCAAAGUCAAGAUGAGGAACAAUACCGGCGAUCGGUUUUCGAAGAUAAUUACCGUAAAAUUGUCGGACACAACUUGGAAGCCGCUCAGGGCGUUCAUACCUAUACUAUGGGUGUUAACGGUUUUUCAGAUAUGACUAGUGCUGAAUUUUUAAAUAAAUAUACUAGCCAUUUGGAACCAAUUGAUGUCCAACAAUUACCAAUGACCGUUUACAAUGCAUCGGUAUCGGUACCCGAUUCACACGAUUGGCGAUCAUCCGGUAAAGUCGGACACAUUAAAAAUCAGGGACAAUGCGGUUCAUGCUGGGCAUUUGCAUCGGUAGCCAUCAUUGAAAGUCGAUUGGCCAUCAAAAAGGGUAGCCUGCGUACCCUAUCGGAACAGGAGAUCAUUGACUGUACUUCGGGCUAUGACUGCCAACACGGCGGUAACAUCCAGAUGGCCACUCAAACCCUCAAUCGAUUGGGCGGUAUUGAAGGCGAUAACGAUUAUCCUUAUAUUAGCGGAUCGGGCGGUAAAGGUUCAUGUCACUAUCAGGCUGCCCGACGGGUAGCACAUGUAGGUACUAGCCUGCACUCGGUAUCCGGUGAGGCAGCUAUGCAACAGUCUGUCUACCAAAACGGACCCCUAUACGUGCACGUGUAUGCUAACGCUGAUUUCCAACAUUACCGAUCGGGUAUAUUCAGCUCGGGUAGCUGUAAUGCCCAGAUUAAUCAUGCCGUCACCGUUGUCGGUUAUGGCCCCGGUUAUUGGAUAAUCAAAAAUUCGUGGGCAACCUCAUGGGGUGAACAAGGUUUCAUGCGUAUGACCCGCGGACACGAUAUGUGCCGUAUUUCAUCGUCGCCCAUCUGGACCGAUGAUGUCCAAUAAAUUAAAUUAAUAAAUUUAGCAUGGUGAAACGACAACACACACACUAAACAAGCUAAAAUUCCCGCUAAAAUUAUAGAAUUUAAAAAAAACUAAAAUUGUAAUAUACUGUAUUUUUUUAAAUUAAUUAUAAAUAUACUGUAUUUAAAAUAUAAAAAUUAAAUAAAUA